GCGCCAUGGGUGGUUGCUGCUCCGCCAUCGCGGCCUCCAAGUUGAAGAUGAUGCGCCGCGGCCGGGGCGCCGCGGUCGUCCUCCCCGUCACCAGCCGCGAGGGCCCGUGCUGCUCCCCCGACAACAACGUCGCCGGCAAGGAGAGGAAGAAGGGCAAGAAGCACGCCUUCAUCCUGGGUCCCGGCGCCGCCGACCCAGACUUCGCGAGGCGGUACCGGCUGGGCGCGGAGCUCGGGCGCGGGGAGUUCGGGGUGACGCGGCGGUGCGAGGACGCGGCCACGGGGGAGGCCCUGGCGUGCAAGACGAUCCGGCGGAAGCGCCUGCUGCUGCGCCGCGUGGGGCCCGACGCGGUCGACGUGCGCCGCGAGGUGGAGAUCACGCGGCGCAUGUCGGAGCUCGGCGGCGGAAGAGUGGUGCAGCUCCGUGAGGCUUGCGAGGACGAUGACGGCGUGCACCUCGUCAUGGAGCUCUGCGAGGGCGGCGAGCUCUUCGACCGCAUCUUCGCGCGCGGACACUACACCGAGCGCGCCGCCGCCAAGCUCGCCCGCACCAUCGUCGAGGUCGUACAGCUGUGCCACGAGAACGGAGUGAUGCACCGGGACCUGAAGCCGGAGAACUUCCUGUUCGUGGACAAGUCGGAGGACUCACCUCUCAAGGCCAUCGACUUCGGGCUCUCGGUGUUCUUCAAGCCUGGGGAUCGGUUCACCGAAGUGGUUGGCAGCGGGUGUUACAUGGCUCCAGAGGUUCUCAAGAGAAGCUAUGGGCCAGAGAUAGAUGUGUGGAGUGCCGGCGUCAUCCUCUACAUCCUUCUCUGCGGAUUCCCUCCGUUCUGGGGAGACUCCGACGAGAAAAUUGCGCAGUCGAUACUCCAGGGAGGAAUUAACUUACAGAGGGAUCCAUGGCACAAGGUCUCCCAGCAUGCAAAGGAUCUUGUCAGGAAGAUGCUUGACCCGAAUCCUUCUACCCGGUUGACAGCAAAGCAAGUCCUUGAGCAUCCUUGGCUCAAGAAUGCCAAUAAGGCCCCAAAUGUGUCGCUCGGAGAGGUUGUUCGAUCCAGGCUGAAGCAGUUCUCGGCCAUGAACAAGUUCAAAAAGAAGGCACUUGGAGUCGUCGCCAUGAAUUUACCGGUGGAGGAGAUUGAAAAAUACACUCAAAUGUUCCAUACGAUGGAUAAGGACAAUGAUGGUAAUUUGUCACUUGAGGAGCUGAAGGAGGGCCUCCAGAUAAACGGUCAUCCUGUACCGGAGACAGAGAUAAAGAUGCUGUUAGAAGCUGGUGACAUAGAAGGAAAUGGCGCAUUAGAUUGCGAGGAGUUUGUAACAGUAUUACUUCACAUUAAAAAGAUGAGCAAUGAGGAGUAUCUACCUAAAGCUUUCAAGUUCUUCGACAAAGAUGGGAAUGGUUUUAUUGAAAUGGAGGAGUUGAUGGAGGCUUUAGGUGAUGGUGGAUUAGGGCCUAAUGAUCAAGUGGUUAAUGAUAUUAUUUCCGAAGUUGACAAGGAUAAGGAUGGUCGUAUCAGCUAUCCGGAGUUUGAAUUGAUGAUGAAAGCUGGAUCAGACUGGAGGAAUGCCUCUAAGCGAUACUCAAGAGCAAAUUUCAGUAGCCUCAGUCGUAGGCUGUGCCAAGGAACUUUAUGAACAAGAAAGUAGGUUCCAAGCAGCACCUACCGACUGACAGUGUCACACCGUCAUCUAAAG